AUGUCUUAUUCAGGUCAAAGACGAAGAGGCUCCUAUGCGACCAAAGCAUGUACUAAUUGUCGAAAAAAACACAUAAAGUGUUCCGAAGGAGUUACUUGCACAUAUUGUGCAUCACAUAGCCUUCAAUGUACUUAUGCUAAAUCAUUUAAAAAACGAGGUCCGAAAGCGGAAAAUAGAGCAGCUAAUGGUUUUGAAAAUUACUUCUAUGAAGCUAUAAAUACAGAACAAGAUCACGUAUUAACUUCAAAUGAAUUUCAAUUUGGCGUAUCCAUUCCUUAUUACUUCAACGGUAGUGAAGAACCUCAACCAAUCCAAAGCGAUUUCUUUCCCUAUCAAGUACAUAUUGAUGCCAAUUACAUUAUGCAAAAUGACAACACGCCCGUUAAUUUUAGUGAUACAUUUUCUUUACCUAACAAUUCUUCCUCUUCCCCUUCCUCUUCCUCUAUUGCUUCUAAUUUGGAUUAUUUAUUUGGAUUUUGGGGGGAUCAGUAA